AUGAAUGUGUUUAAGAAGCGCUCUAGUCCUUCUCCUGCACGGUUUCAAAGAUCGCUGUCAGAGCAGGAUGGGGACUCUACAAGAGUAAGAGCAAGCUUGAAGGACUAUCAUUGGAACCACCAAGUGAAAAGUAAGAAGAUAUGUGAAAAAGCAGAUUCAGAUUUAGGGAAGCUGCUUGGAACUUACAGAUGGCAGUCUCAUCCCAGAUUUCAUUGGAAGAUGAGCAAGAGAGCAGAUGCACUGAAGACAGCUGAACGGCCUUUCAGGGUGCACAAUUUAAUUGCUGGUGGCUCCCAAGAAGAGACGUCUGUCAUGCCAGCAACCAGACCAUUUCGGGUUCCCUUCUACAGAUCUUUAUCUGAGCCCACACCAAACUGGAAGGACAGAAUCACCAAGCCAUUCCCACAGCCAGAGGGUGGUGGUCAGGAGAACUAUUUCAUCCGUGGCUUCUUCUCUACAUUGUCUGGCAGCUUUAAUAAAGUGCUUAAUCGAAAAGAGGAGCACGGUUCAUCAGUGACAAAUGAAGGCAUGGAGAACAAACAGAUGGAUUUGACUGCAGAUGUGAAAGGACCGCCAACUCACCGGCUAUCUUGUGGCCAGUCCCCCGACUCUGAAACUGUGAUAUGGGAGACCAAGUACUCCAUUCUGACUGACAGCCAACUUGUGCUGCUGAACAAAGAGAAGGAGGUGGCUGAUGAUGGAGGACAGGAGCUGGUGGCAGAGCCAACCAAAGGGCGAUGUCUACGGCGCACAGUCAGCGUUCCUUCCGAGGGCCAAUUUUCUGAGAUUCCAGCAGAGGGCGCUGCAAAGCUCGAAGUCCCAGCAGAGAAGUCUCCUCGCAGACGGAGCAUCUCGGGGACCAGUGGCUCAGAAAAAGCCAAUCCAAUGGAUUCAUCAAACACAUCUCCAUUCAAAGUACCGGGAUUCUUCAGUAAGAGGCUUAAAGGCUCAAUAAAAAGGACCAAGAGCCAGUCAAAAUUGGACAGGAAUACCAGCUUUCGUCUUCCAUCUCUUCGACCUGCUGAGGAAAGGUCUCGUCCUUUACCAAAGCUGAAAGAAUCUCGUUCCCAUGAAUCUUUGUUGAGCCCAGCUAGUGCUGUGGAGACAUUAGAUCUGGCCACUGAAGAAAAAGUCUUGGUCAAACCGCUUCACAGCAGCAUCCUCGGACAAGACUUCUGCUUUGAGGUAACUUAUUCCAGUGGCAGUAAAUGCUUCAGCUGUUCUUCCGCUGCUGAAAGAGACAAGUGGAUGGAGAACUUACGGAGAGCCGUUCAGCCCAACAAGGAUAACUGCCAUCGAGCUGAGAAUAUAUUGCGUCUUUGGAUCAUUGAAGCCAAGGACUUGGCCCCCAAGAAGAAAUACUUCUGUGAAUUGUGCUUGGACGAUACUUUAUUUGCCCGCACUACAAGAAAAACAAGAGCUGACAACAUCUUCUGGGGGGAGCACUUUGAAUUCUCAGGGCUUCCAUCAAUACUCAGCAUCACUGUCCAUAUCUACAAGGAUGUCGAGAAGAAAAAGAAAAAGGACAAAAAUAACUAUGUCGGUCUAGUCAACAUCCCCGUGGCCAGUGUGACUGGCCGCCAGUUUGUGGAAAAGUGGUACCCCAUCAGCACACCCACUCCCAAUAAAGGCAAGACCGGAGGGCCUUCCAUUCGGAUCAAGUCUCGAUACCAGACCAUUAUCAUCCUGCCCAUGGAGCAAUACAAGGAGUUUGCUGAAUUUGUCACUAACAAUUACACUUUGUUGUGCACCGUGCUGGAGCCAGUGAUCAGUGUCCGGAACAAAGAGGAAAUGGCCUGUGCUUUGGUGCACAUCCUUCAGAGCACAGGCAGAGCCAAGGACUUUUUGACCGAUCUGGUGAUGUCUGAGGUCGAUCGCUGCGGGGAGCAUGACGUGCUGAUCUUCAGGGAGAAUACACUUGCCACCAAAGCAAUUGAGGAAUACCUCAAGCUGGUUGGGCAGAAGUAUCUACAAGAUGCCCUUGGUGAAUUUAUCAAGGCAUUGUAUGAGUCGGAUGAGAAUUGUGAAGUGGAUCCUAGCAAAAGUUCACCUGGUGAGCUGUCUGAUAACCAGGCAAACCUCAAAAUGUGUUGUGAGCUGGCUUUCUGCAAAAUCAUCAACUCCUAUUGUGUCUUUCCUCGGGAGCUGAAGGAGGUGUUUGCGUCGUGGAAGCAGCAGUGCCUCAACAGGGGAAAGCAGGAUAUCAGUGAGCGCUUGAUCAGUGCCUCCCUUUUCCUCCGCUUCCUCUGCCCAGCUAUCAUGUCUCCAAGUCUCUUUAACCUUAUGCAGGAGUACCCUGAUGACCGUACCUCUCGAACGCUCACCCUAAUCGCAAAGGUUAUCCAAAACCUGGCAAACUUUACAAGAUUCGGAAACAAAGAAGAAUAUAUUACAUUUAUGAAUGAAUUUCUGGAACACGAGUGGGGAGGCAUGAAACGCUUCCUGGUAGAAAUUUCGAAUGUGGACACCAUCUCCAACACGCCCGGAUUUGAAGGAUACAUAGAUCUGGGGAGGGAGAUUGCCAUCUUGCAUUCCCUGUUGUGGGAAGUGGUGUGCCAACUAGAUAAGGGUGAAAAUUCCUUCCUACAGGCGACGGUUGAAAAACUUGGGCCUCUACCACGGAUUCUUUCGGACAUCGCAAAAGCCGUAACAAACCCUAUUCCAAUACAACAGCAGCUGAGGCGGUUAACAGAGCAUAGUUCAAGUCCCAAUGUGAGCCUUUCUUCGGGGCUUCAGAAGAUAUUCGAGGACCCCACUGACAGUGAUGGGAAAGUGACAUCAGCCCAGGAUAAUGAAUAUUCGGUGAAAGGCCCGCUGCUUUGGAUCCAGCAUUCAGCAUCAAGGAGUGCUGCAUCAUCCGACCAAGGGGACGACCCAGUCAUGCCAAAUGCCAGAAGUAUCUCUCUGAUGGAUCUGCAGGAUCCCGGUGUCCCGCAGAGUUUCCCCACAUGCAUGCUUCAUGACGGUACCCUAAGUUCAUCUGGGAGUCAUCUGUCAGUUGGGGAGGUGGCGGGCAUGAAAGUCUUCUACGGCAUGCCCCAGAGUGCUCCUCAAAGUCGAAGGCCUCUGAAGUCUCCAGUGAGUCAGCCAGGCAGUCUCCAACCCCUGUCUUUCCAAAACCCAGUGUACCACCUUAGCAAUCCUUCCAUGCCCCUUCCUGCUCUCCCACAGCCUGUGCCCCAGCCCACUCCUCCGCAGCAAAUGUCAACCCCCACACCUUCCCAUCCAAAGUCAACAAUGUCAGUGGACUCAAGCCUGGAAAACAUCAGCAUGACCAGCUCCCGAAGCCAACACAGUGAUGACUUAAAAAUGAGCAGCCCUGGCAAUGGCAGUAUGGAGGACAUCACCAGACGGAGCGUGAAGAGUGAAGAUUUUUCCUGGCGGGGUGCACUGGCAGACAAACGCAUCCCUGUCGCUUUGCCACGGCAGAGCAGCACCGGGCAGGUGCCGGCCCACAAAAUAGAUCAAGCGGGGCUGGGUGCGAGGGCAAAGGCUCUUCCCAACAGUGCAUCUGUCCGAAGCGCAGGAAGCGUCUCUGCGGCGUCCGCUGCAAUGACUACAGAGCCUCUCCAAAACGGGAAUCGGUCGCAACAGCUGUCGUCCUCUUCUCGAGAGAGUCCGGUUCCAAAAGUGCGGGCUAUCCAGCGGCAGCAGACGCAGCAGAUUCAGUCCCCGGUAGACUCUGCCACAAUGUCCCCAGUGGAAAGGACAGCUGCCUGGGUCCUCAACAACGGGCAAUAUGAAGAAGAUGGAGACCAGGAUGAAGUCAAGCAUGCAGAAAAGUAUGAGCAAGAGAUAGCCAAUCUGAAGAACCGGCUAACAGUAUCCAGUCGCCGGCUGGAAGAAUAUGAACAGCGUCUCCUUGCUCAAGAGGAGCAAAUGAAACAGCUGUUGACAGCAUACAAAGCACGGCUUGAAGACAGCGAGGAGCGGCUCCGAAGGCAGCAGGAGGAGAAGGAUGCUCAAAUGAAGAGCAUCAUUAGCAGGCUAAUGGCUGUUGAAGCAGAACUAAAAAAAGACCACGAGAAGAUGCAAGAUGUGAUAGAGACUAAACAAAAAAUAAUUGACGCACAAGUCUUAAUUGGGGAUGAGAUAAUGCAAGCAGGAAAAAAGGAUCCAGUCUUUAGAAUCAGCAAACACCCGUCUGAUGAGUGCACUGACGCAAGUAAAAGAUCAUUACAGCAUGCAAGCGCGCAACGGAAUCUCCCCGACGAAGCUUUCAAUAACGGAGAAUGGGGAAUUUAAGAGCAGCAGCUAACAGCCAUUUUCUCCCCACAACUUGCCAUCUCUCCUCUCUCCAGGCUGGCCACAAGCCUCCCCUUUUGCUCCCUAAAGGUGCCUGCUUUGAAGCGGGACACUUCAGGGAUAGACCGGGAAACAGCAGGCAGAGGGGCUGCCACCCUCAUGCCACGGCAUGCUGCCAUCAGCUUGCCUCCUCGCAAGAUCCAAAGGACACAGCUGCCUCCCAAGUUGUGCACUGCUGCAUGUUUCUCAGUUGUUCUGAACAUGGCAGCAACCUGCGAUGCCUUUUGUAACAUCUGGGAUAGGAUGGCCCUCAGCUAUCCCCUACCAGGCCAAGGGCAGAACAGACUGCAAUAGCUUUAAUGGCAAAUAGAGAUCUAUCAUGGCCCCUCUCUUUGCUCUCAGGUCUUUUUGCACCAGCAAGAGGGUGGCAGAUAGAGGCAGUCUGUGGCUGCUUCAUCUGUUUCUGGUAGCUGGUCUUCUCACACCAGCCAGAGGAUAGCAAACGAUUGUCUUGAGUGUGUCUUUGCCACCCAAGCUUUCCACCACAGAGGGAACAGCAUGUUAAAAAAAAAAAGUGACUGUUAACAGCAGUUUUCUCUCCCACUGACAAACUUGCCAGCUCCUUAUUUUUUCUACUCACCCCAUAUCCAAAACUAUAGCCAAUGAAAGAGAAUUCAGUCCAUUCAGAGUGGUUGGGAUGAAAGAACGUUUGGUAGAUGGGCAGAGCAGGGUUGACAUCAAAUUGGAGAAAUGUGCAAAAGAGUUCAUUGUCAUCUGUAAAAGGAGGAUUAUCCUGAGUCUAUUCUAGUAGCUCUACGCCGACUUUUUCACUUACGCUAGAAGGGUUUUUGGGCACCUACACUCAACCUGACUGCAAUCAAUCAAGAAUAACAGUCAACAUUACAUUUUUAUUGGAAUCAUAGGCAAUAGGGUUGUACCCCAGCAAUUCAGUCUGCUGCUAGAACCUAUGUAGGGGGCUUCCUUCACUUGCCUUAUAUACAGAAUGGGCUUCCCACUAAUUUCCAACCUCCCCCAGCUGUGCCCCCUUAGCCUGGCUCCUGCAAGGACUUCCUGUUUUUCCUUGCUUACUGUAAAGUUGCCAACCUGCUGCUGCGCCUCCACUCCUGUAGGUGGUUCCGCAGCUGCCUUCGCUGUUGUUCCCAGGGUUCAGGUGACCAUGGGGGGUGCAGGAGCUGAUGGGCUGUCCCCUAACUGAACAACCGGAUAAGUAUUAACAUGACAAGUUAAAUGAUGCAAAAAUUGCAAAGUAGAAUCCUAGUUUCCGUGUAUAUAUAGUAGUAUAGACCACAGUCCCUAAUAAUUUUUCCAUGUACCUGUUAAUCAUUUAGUACAGUGCUAGCCUGCUGUUUGCAUAGAAAAGCUCUCUUGAAUCAUUGAACUUUGCACAGUUUGUGGGAAGCCAGAAGAAUGGGAGCUUUUCUGAUUUCCUGGGGCAGAGCAAGGUGGCCCUGACAAGGUGGGAGUUGCAACAGACAAAGAAUGUGUACAGGCAGUUGUUGAGUUUGCCCAUUUGCAGGUCCGUACUUGCAGAAGGCCCUGCUGAAGUGAGAGAAGCUGUCAUGGUAGAGCAUGGAGGAGUGAUGGUCUCGCAGCUAUGAGGGUCCAAGGCCAUGAACUGCUUAGUAUGUGGUAGCCAAUACUUUUAAUUGAGCCUAAUGGACAGCCAGUGGAGUGACUGGAGGACGGGAGAAAUACACAUCUUUCACUGAUAAUAGCUGAGCUGUGACAUUUCUGCACCAAACGGAGUUUCUGAUUUGAUUUUGAGGGGAGACCAAUCUAGAGUACAUUACAGUAGUCUUGUCGAUGUCCCCGUGGAAUGGAUCCAGGUAGCCAGAUCAAGGUAAGGAACCAUUUUUCAGAUUAGACUGAGUUGGAAGAAUAUCUUUUUUGGCAGCUGUUAACUUGCUUCUCCAGCAAUAACGUUGGAUUCAAUACAACCCCAAGACUCUUAACUGAGUAUGCCUGGAUCAGAUGAACUCCAUCAAAAGUGGGGAGCACAAUGUCUUUUGCCUUCCCAACCAGCAUUACCUGUCUUUUCAGAGUUUAGUUUCAAUUUGUUCACUCUAAGCCAAUUUACCACAACAGUUAAUACAUGAGCACACAUGAUUCCUGCUUCUCUGAGCAGGAAACCACUCUCCUAGCCUCUAAACACUUUACACCUAAUUUAGCAAACAAAAGAAACCUUAGCUUGAAAAGAAUAGAAUUAGCUGGCUAAGAAGGACACUCACAAGGCUACUGGAAAGAUAUCCCCGUUUCCAGUAUUCAGCUCACUCUUAAGCCAUCUAACCGUAGCAGCAGGAGGGUUUAGGACCUCUACUGCAUCACUAGGAGAUUUGCAUAAGGAUAUUAUAGUUGUGUAUCAUCUGCAUAUUGAUGACUUCCAUCCCCAAAACUAUGAAUGAUUUGGCUUAAGAGCUUUACAUAAAGAUUGAAGAGGUAGGAUUGUGCCCUGUGGUACUCCACAGGAUAGCCCCACACUGAUUAUUGGUCUCCAGUGGCAAUUCUUUGGGUCUGGUCCAUGAGAACCAGCACAUUACCAUCGUUCUGUCCUCGCCCUUCGCACCCUACGGAACGCACCUGGAAUACCCUGGACAUCAGUGGAGCAAUUAAGGUCUUCAUAGGGCCUUAUCCCACUCUCCCCUAUCCCCCCUAUGGGCAUCCCUGGCGUGCGCCACGUCAUCCCCACGACCCCGCGCUCUGCGCAGGGUCAUCAAAAGGCGCCCUUUGCAAGAGCGCCAGGGAUGCCGCGCGCUGAGGGGGUGUGAUAGCGGCAGCGUCGGGGCGGCUGUGCUGUCGCCACCCCUCUCAUGGGGAGUGCCGGGGGACCCCACGCUACUCUCCUCAAGUAGUGCGGGGCUUAAGGUAAGUGCGGAAAGGCCCAUAAUUAGGACCGAAUCCAUCAGGCAGAUGCAAACUCGCUUCAUUAACACAUCGGCCCAAAAACUAGGUUUUUCAAUGUCUAUGGCUUUAGUGCCCUGUUUUCCUUCGCUUGUUCAUCAAGUUUUACAUGUAAUUCAGUCAAUUCAUUAUGAAGCUUGUUGAUUUUCAGUCGUUCGGCAGAAAGUACUCGUUUUGUAACAAGACCAAUAUCUUUGAUGGGAGAUUCCCUGUUGAGGCUCUGGGAGCACAUCUCUUUUUUUGCUUGGUGCACACUCAGAGGCAGUAUGUUUAGAGGAGUCCUGGUGUCUUGAUUGGCAAGUUUUGGGAAACUUCAGUAUGAACUAAAAUAUCUGUGAAGUAAGUUUAUUACUGAUAUUAUUCUGAAUGAGACUGUAUGGUUAGUCUGAUAAACCUUUACCGCCCAAAGAGCCUUUUGGACCCUUUUUCUUUGCUACAAAAUUCUUCAUACAUUUUAGGAGGAAUAGAAUAUGAUUGGUUAAUGACUGGUGGCCCAGUAAGGAUGUGUUUUUGUUAAGAGGCAUACAUGAAUUGCCUGGUUCACCUAAUGGUGUAACAACCAUUUCUGGAAUUUCUCUCUCUCUCCACUUUAUGAACACAACAUUUGAAAGUCAAUUUGUUUUUUAGGUGAAAGUUACCUUCAUAAAUUUCCACUGUGCAGUCCACAUAAAAAUUUCUCUUUAAUGCCCCAGGGUUCAGGUGACCAUGUGGGGUGCAGGAGCUGAAUGGGCUGUCCCCUAACUGAACCAGAUACUGGGGAAGGACAGAGCUGGGGUCUGGCAAUAGCUCUGGGGAAGCAGUUUCCAUUCUAGGGGCUGCUUCCUCAGUUGUUGCUUGAGCCCCUGGCCCUGAUCCUGCACUCACUACUGAAGGCUCAAGCUCUAAGUCUGCCUGAGUUGGCUGGACCUCUGAUGGCCCAGCUACAGCCUCCUCUUCUGCAUACUCUAUAUCUGAGGCUUCUGCCAUGAUGCACAGGGACCUGACACCCAGGCAAAUGCGCUGGGGAAGGCAAAUCUCCCACUAGACCCCACGUCACUCUCACUGGCGCAUCCCCCCCCCCCCUUGAAUGGGGCUGUUAGUCAAUCCACUCUAUUUGGGAGGAAUUACACCAUGGCAGUUCUGGAUCCAGGGUGGGCAGCAUGAGUAGGUGAGAAGUGGUUAUGGGAAGGGGAAAGGCAUCAGGGCUGGGUAGUAGAGGUGCAGCUCUUUAAAGUGAGUUACAUGAAGUGAGUUACUGAGGAGUUGUUUGUUAACAGCUGCCUAAAUGGUUGCUACAAAAAUGGGGAAAAAAUAGCAACGUGCAGUGAAGUUACAGUUGUUCACUUGGGGUGUCAAAAGUGUUUCAAUUGGCCUUACGGAUGACUGAUGAUGGUGAAGAAGAGAAUCCUUAUAAGAGGUUGGUGAAUCAACAGGGCCUGCACAGACACAACAUCCUCUUCAGAAGGGCAAGAAAGGGCUGCUUAGAACAGCUUUCCUGAUUUCCCUGGUGGUACCUCACAGGUCCCUUUCCUGCCAUUUAGCAGUUUCUGGGGUUCUUGGCUUAGGUGGGUGAUGGUUGAUGAUAUUGAGUGGGUGAUUGCAGGCUGCUGCCAUGUUCAAAGCAUUUGUUGAAAUCCCAUCAGUGCACAACUUGGGAAGAUUUGGGGACCAACCACUGUUAAAAUGACUUUGGGGGACCUUCCUCCAGUGAAAUGAUUUUAGGGAGCUUAGCCCCAUCAAAAGGCCUUGGGGAGCCUUUCAUGUGUAAAAUGGCUUUUGGGAGACUGCACUACUUUACAGGACUUUGAAUAAUUUAUUUCAAUAAGGUUUAUCCAUGUUAACUACCCCAUACUUUGUUCCCUUCCUCUCCCAAUUGUAUUUUUAUGUCUGGGUUUGUUCUAAAAAAGAUUUAUUUUUGUUUUGUGAAUAUUUUUGGACAGUUUCUUGUAUAUGUACAAAUAUAGAUACAUUUGAGGUCUUUUAUUGAAAAUAAACUUUAACUUUAAAUCAC